GCCCUCUACCGGCCAACACAGACCAAAGCAGAUCGGGCGCAUCCACUGCAGCAGGAAUGGACUUCGGUACUGAUGAGCGCCAACACAGCCAUGGCGACGGCGGCGACGCGGCGGAGUGGAAGAAGGUGGUGGAGCUGAGGGCCGUCGCCGAGGCCCAGGACCCCGCGGCCAAGGAGGAGGACGAUUUCGUGCUGCGCCGGUUCCUGCGUGCACGGGAUUACAACAUUGGUAAGGCGUCGAUGAUGCUCCUCCAGUACCUCGCCUGGAAGCGCGUCGCCAAGCCCCAUGGCUCCAUCUCUGACGAGGAGGUGCGCGGCGAGAUCGCAAAGAAGAGGGUCGACAUGCAGGGCUUUGAUUGUCUUGGUCGCCCCAUGGCGUAUAUCUAUGGCGCACGCCACUUUCCCGCCCGGCGAGACCUCGACGGAUUCAAGCGCUAUGUAGCCUAUGUCCUCGACAAAAUCUGCACGAGGUUGCCGGUGGGGCAGGAGAAGUUUGCGGCGGUGAUAGACUUGAAAGGGUGGGGGUAUGCAAACUGCGACAUCCGAGGCUAUGUGGCAGCGCUAGACAUCAUGCAGAGCUAUUACCCAGAGCGAUUGGGGCGUGUGUUCCUGAUCCACGUGCCCUACAUGUUCAUGGCCGCAUGGAAGAUGGUCUACCCCUUCAUCGAUGAAAAGACAAAGAAGAAGUUUGUGUUCGUCGCCGAUAGGGACCUCGAUGCCACUCUUCGGGAUGCCAUCGAUGAGUCCCAACUCCCCGAGGAAUACGGCAGCAAGCUCAAGCUAUAGGGCUACAAUAGUUCAAUGUCGUGCAAGCCCAUCUCACUAUCGAAUAAUUAACAUAUGCAAUUAAGGGUGCCCUCAAACCAAUGUCGGAGGAGCCUAAAGAGAGAAGCGACAAUCCUUUCAAAGUCAAGAGUCCAACUCACCGAGGUUGACAUAAGUGACAUAUGAGGCUAUGCAUCCAUCCCCACUCAGUGGUUUGCUAUAAUUGUUUUUUUAAGGGUCACUCACAUACACCCAUCAUGAUGUUUAGAUAUGAGUGAAUCCUACAUAAAUAAUUCAAAUGAA